AUGGCAACAAGUUCAACACCAAGCCUCGAUCCACCUGCCGCCACGCCUUCUAUAGGAAAUGCAGGGCCGUUCAUGAGAGCACCUCGUGAGAUCCGAGAUAACAUCUAUCGCUUCCUACUUUCAACCAAGCACACCAAGGAGUUUCAUGGAGAACCUGCAUCGGCAAGUUCUGCCCAGUCUCCCAAUAACCCGACUGAGCCUGGAUUAAUUCGUUACUUCCAUACUUCGAUCCUUUUUACCAACCGACAGGUAUACAUUGAAGCCAGCAACAUAUUCUACAUGGAAAACCUCUUCAUUCGUAUCAAUUCUGUGGCAGCGAAUGAACUAUACCACCCGACUAAUUUCGGAGGCUACCGAAGUACCGGCUCAAGUGGCCGUGGGCUGCGAGUUCUGUCGACAGGCACGAAAGCGCAAGCCUGUACACGUCACGUGAUGGAAAUCAAUCUGAUUCCAUCACCCCUGUUGUUUGAUCACCAUGGUUACCAUCACUUCAUUUUUGCUUGCGACGAUCUUCCAGUGUUCUGCAGAGCUUUGCGAUCGAUCGAUAGAUUUUAUCGACGUGAGUUACAGCCGCUGCAGGUUAUGGAUCUCUGGUUUACCAUUGGUGACGAGGUGGGCACGGCUGGAAAGGGAUAUCUUGACUCGAAUGCCUCCACAGAUGGAAAUCCAGUGGGAUAUCUGACCGCGGCCACCAAGAUUGCCGCGGCUAAUUGUGCAGGUCCAGAUGAGAAUCGAAGAGCCACUGACGAGAGCAGUGCAUCUGUCUACGGAGAAAUAAAGGGCAGUGGCAGCGCAAUGGUCAAUGGAAUCAAGGAUGCCAAAUCGAGACUGUUAGAACGGCCCAUCUCCAUCGACAGUCCUCGAUCACGGAGGCUUCUAGAGCCAUUUCGAGCCGUAUACAAUGUUGGAUAUUCGUACAUCGACGCCCCGAUCAGCGAGCGGUAUCGGCAGGAGAUCCACACCAGUUUAUCCAGGGCCCGACCAAGCAUUCACGAUCAAUUCCUGGCCGUAUCCUCAGCCUUUGAAGAAGCAAUUGCGGUAUACGAUGCCGACGAUAUCGCUUUAGCCAUUCAGAAAUCUAAAGGCACACUUGACAUCCUCAGUGAUUUCAGGUAUCUUAGCAGAGACGGCGACAGUACCAAAAGCGUGCCGACAGGGCGAUAUACCGGACUCAUGUACCGGGAAGCCAUGGACAAGAUGCAUUUGAUCAUCUAUAGCAACCUAGCUCGUGCGAACUUAAGGUUUCACAGCGACUUACAGCAGGUUCGCUCAGCACAAGACUUUGUAUGGCAGAUCAGGGGGAUACGCGCCCGCGAUGCAAUGUGGCCCGAACACCCAGGCUCUCGUCGAACGAUGCGCAUUUCGAUCCCUGAAGCGCGUGCGAGGGCUACCUGUGUGCGGUUGGAUUGA